AUGACUGGUCUGCCUGGGAAUGGAGCCACUUGCACCUUGUCAAUCAUUGACACCACCUGCUCCCUGACCGUGCCAGCCGACACACUGGUUGAGCCAACCAUACCAGGACACGAGUUGAUGAACUUCCCUACCUUCUCCUUCUUGAUCACACACGACACUACAAGGAAGCAGUUGCUAUUCGACUUGGGCUGCCGGAAGGACUUUUGGAAUCUCCCUGAACCCAUCUCCAAGACCAUCGAUGAGAGGGUUCCUGGAAUCAGGGUUGACGACAGUCUUGCCGACAUCUUGCAACAAGGUGGCAUUAACUUGGAACAAAUCGAGGCGGCAAUCAUCAGUCAUCACCACUACGACCACAUGGGGGACCCCAGCACGUUCCCAGAGACCAUGGACCUCAUCGUGGGCCCUGGAUUCUGCAAACAUUUUCUUCCUGGAUACCCAAAGAACUCCAACUCACCUGUGCACGAGUCUGCCUUUCAAGGGCGAACGAUCCGAGAAGUUGACUUUGACGGGCACUCCAAGGUUGCUGGGUAUGAAGCCAUAGACUAUUUCGGCGACGGCAGCUUGUUUCUCCUCAACACUCCAGGGCACGCAAUUGGUCAUCUUUCUGCCCUCGUCAGAACCACUCGCGACACGUUUGUUUUCCUUGGAGGGGACAUUUGUCAUUUUGGUGGAGCCUUCAGGCCAAAUGAGCACACGCGUAUGCCGGCGCAGCUGAAGAGGGAGGACGUUGCACUACCGCCUUCAGCUCCUGAACUUGUCUCGUGCGCACAAUAUCUCUCGUGCCACCCAAACCCCGACAGGGCGGAUACGACACCAUACUAUCAGCCCUGUAGCCGUACUGACUCGUGGUAUGUCGAUCCACCGGAAGCACACAAGAGUGUGAACGCUCUCAUGUCGCUUGACACAGACGACAGGGUAUUGGUCUUGAUUGCCCAUGACCCAUCCAUUGUGGACGCUCUCCCGCUCUUCCCGAAUGGAAACCUCAAUCACUGGCAUCAAGCUGGAUGGAAGCAACUGCUGCGGUGGAGGUUCUUGGCUGAGCUUCCUGUCAAUGGACAGCCGAGGCCGUAUCUUGUCGACGGGACUUAUGUAGAUGGGAAACGGGUGAAGGCACUCGAUGGAACCAGACUUGAGACACAGUAG